AUGGAAGCCAAACGUUCUUCUGCUUCCUUUCAAUCUUGUAACCUUUUGCACUCUUGGAUACGCUGGAGUCUCUCAAAAUUGAAGGGCUUGAGAAGAAGAUAUCCAACAGAACGAACACACGACAAUGCCACAAAUGAGAGACCAGUUGCGAAUUUCUUAUCACCAAAAUCUACUGCAGCUUUUACUACUAGUUCCACUCUCGGCAUUGGAAACAAUGAUGAAUUUCCAAGAACUCUACGAUUCCAAACCAUGUUCAAGAAGGCCAAAGCAAGAAUUGUAGUUUUUGCAUCAAAUUGCAUAGUUAUAUAG